AUGCACGAGCACUUGGAUGAGCUGGACGCUUUGUCAAAUACGUACUUCAACCUGACGGCUCAAAAGGACUCCCAGGCCACCGCCCGUCUAAGCAGGAGCGCCACCCUCCUUGCUAAGCUGAGCGUUUUCUUUCUGCCCAUAAGUUUCAUGACUAGCUACUUCUCCGUUGAGAUACCAGGCCUUGUAGAACACUACACACCCAAGAUGUACUGGAUCUGCUUCGCUAUCAUUGCUGGCCUUUCUUUCCUCAGCCUAUUUUUCUUUAGCCGCAUGUUGGAGUUUGUCAUCGACAUUCUUGAGGCGUGGACGGACUCUGUGACGAGCAGGUUUCUUGGAAUACGGGAACCCGUUGAAAGGAACGACGACUAA